UUUCGUUUUCCCUUUGUUUAUUACUUAUUUUUCUAUUGUUUUUGUUUCUUUCUGGAAUCUUUGUCCGUCGAAUCGGUCGAGUGAGUGUGUUUGUUGAUUCAGUGAGAAAAAAAAAACGAAAACAUGGUCCGAAAAUGUAUGUUUUGUGUCGUCUUGUCUCUCUGCACACGAGAAUGAAAAAACCUUUCCCGCUCUCUUUCCUGACUAACUCAUUUGAUGUCUUUUGUCUUGAUGCGGUGCGGUUUAGUGGCUACCUUCAGGAAGAGUGUUCGGGCCAUACAAAUGGUCGGCCGGGCAAGUGAGGACUUCACGUACGCAAAUGAUCAUCACCCUCCUCCUACCUUCACACCACCAGAGUUACCCAAGAAGGUUCACGUCAGAGGUGACAUGAACAGGAUCCAGGACGACCAAUACCUUACGCAUAGGAACCAUAACAAUAGAAACAGUACAACGAUACCGACUGGGAACAUGGUGAACUCGACGAAGCAGGUGAACAAGGUCAAACCGACUGUGAACAGAGCCGCAACGGAGAACGUCGUCUCGCCAGGUUACAACGCCAGAGCGCCGGAGCAGGAAACCACAUCUUAUGCCGGCUAUCAUCUUGCCUAUGAAGUGAAAAAACUCAUGCCAACGAGUAGGACGAGCGGCGGAGCUAACCAGAACAACAACGGAGUCGCUCUUCCCGUCGGAUUGGCGGAUGACCAAGCGAAGGACUUUGAUUUUGAGAAGACUGAAAUGAAGUACGACAGCACCGGGAUGUUCCAUUGGGGACCGGCCAAGAACCUCGAGGAUUGCAUUCUGGAUCGUAAUCAAGCAGCGAUGACCGUGCUGAAUGGCCACGUCGUCGUGUGUUUAUUCGCAGAUCCGGAUUCACCGCUGAUAGGUUUGAGGAAUCUGGUGAUGCCGUUGAGGGCGAGCAACUUUCAUUACCACGAGCUGAAGCAUGUGGUGAUUGUUGGAUCGGUGGAUUACAUCAGGAGGGAGUGGAAGAUGCUUCAAAAUCUUCCCAAAAUCUCGGUUCUCAACGGAUCUCCGUUGAGCAGGGCGGAUCUGAGGGCAGUCAAUGUGAACUUAUGUGAUAUGUGCUGCAUCCUCUCUGCGAAAGUACCGAGCAACGAUGAUCCGACUCUGGCCGACAAAGAGGCCAUCCUCGCUUCCCUGAACAUCAAAGCCAUGACCUUCGACGAUACCAUCGGCGUUUUGAGUCAAGCGAACGGCGAAGCGGACGCCGCCACACCGGUUGGAAGUCCGAUCGUUCUGCAGAGGAGAGGUUCCGUUUACGGCGCCAACGUUCCGAUGAUCACAGAACUCGUGAACGAUAGCAACGUGCAGUUUUUGGAUCAGGACGAUGAUGAUGAUCCCGACACCGAGCUGUAUCUGACGCAACCUUUCGCCUGCGGGACGGCCUUCGCCGUCAGCGUCUUAGAUUCUCUUAUGUCUACUACAUAUUUCAACCAAAAUGCCUUAACACUCAUACGAUCGUUAAUAACCGGCGGAGCCACGCCCGAAUUAGAGUUAAUCCUUGCUGAAGGCGCAGGACUCAGAGGAGGCUACAGUACGCAGGAAAGUUUAUCGAACAGAGACAGAUGCAGGGUGGGUCAAAUAUCUUUGUACGAUGGUCCUCUGGCUCAAUACGGGGAGACGGGAAAGUACGGAGAUCUCUUCGUCGCUGCGCUGAAGCAGUUCGGGAUGUUGUGCAUAGGUUUGUACAGAUUCCGGGACACCAGCAACUCGUGCGAUGCGAGCAGCAAGAGGUACGUGAUCACGAAUCCACCGGACGAUUUCCAGCUUCUACCGACGGAUCAGGUGUUCGUGCUGAUGCAGUUCGAUCCUGGAUUAGAGUACAAGCAGGUUCGGAGCAGGACGAACGCGGGGCAGGGCUGCGGAACGGGAGGCGGCGGCUCCAACAAGGACGACAACUCCUGACUACUGCUAUGUAGCGCCCUCACGGACGGACCCUACUCUUACAUCUAAAUGAAGAUUAAGACUAGGUCCUCCACUUCCCGCCAUUCCACGACGCCCAUUCCCCACCCCAAUACCACCCCCAUCCCCACACACACUUCCUGUCAAGAAAAAAAAAACAAAUACAAGACGAAAAAAACCAUAUUUUACCCACACCAUAUACACUAUGUUUUGUUUUCGAGCGAUCUAAAGAGCUACAAGUCAGAGAAUCAAGUCAAACUAACUCUAACGUAUAUUUUUUAUUAAUCACACUAACAAAGAGCAUCAAUGUAUACAUAUAUUUACAAGACAUAGCUUCAA